AUGAAUACUUCGCAACGUCCGCCAGUUCUUUCAUAUCCUUACCCACCCGGCGUGUCGCUGGGCCCGCCAGUGUCCCCGGUCCGUCAAGUGUCGCCGCAAUUACCAGUCAACUUGGGCUCCAAUAAUCCGUUUCGCAACCGUGCGUUGUCGCCAUCCAGCUCCAUCACAUCAGGAGGCCGUCCGGAGCGACCGACCUCGACCAAUCCUUUCUUGGACGACGUUGAUCCCUCGUCGCCUCAGUCUGCGCCCGUGGGUAGCAUGACGUUCCCGAACGAAAGACAGGACAUCACAGGAAACACUCGCGAUCUCUUCGAAAACCUCUCCUUGGGCUCUGCUCCUCAGCCGACUGGUUACCGACCUGCUCCGCCCCCUCCGACCAAGCCCCAGGUGAACGGUGCCAGUGUUCGCCCUCCCCCAGCUUCGAGAGAACGCCCCGACCGCCGUCAAAAGGAUCCUUUGGACAUCUUUGCCGACCCGGUCCGUCCUUCGAAGCCUUCUGGCUCCUCCAGCUCAAGGCCGCGCGACCGUGAGAGACGCCCGCGUCGUAACUCGGAAUCGUCCGUGAUGGAUCGCACACCGAAACUCAUCGAUGUCGAUGAUGAAAAGAGACGGCGGGAGCGACGACGACGGGAAAAGGAAAGGAGUGAGAGAGGCGACUCCAAGAAGGAUCCCAAGUCUCGCUCCAAGAAGAACAACUACCAGCUUGAUAUUAUCGACAAGCUGGAUGUGACAAGCAUCUACGGCACCGGAAUGUUCCAUCAUGACGGGCCGUUCGAUGCUUGCAACCCGAACCGCAACCGCAAGGGACUGCGCACCGCUCCCAUGCAAGCUUUCCCGAAGGACUCCACGAACAUGGCCUUGGGAGGCGCCGGACCCCUGAACCAGAACAUCGAUCUGAACCUUUUCCACGGUCGGACUGAAGAAGGGUACAAUGAUUUCGCCACCAGCGGUGCUGACCGCAGAACCGAAGGUGUCAGCUUUGACCCCAAGUCACGCAUCGAGCCGGUCCACGGAGCCCAAUCCAUGGGCCUAGGAACCAGCACUUUCCUCGACGGAGCUCCCGCCAGUCGGUCCGCCAUGCAACGCCGAGCUAGCGAGAAUGAGAACCAGGGCGGCGGUGGCGGACUGCAGCGCAAGAAGAGUCUGGCUCAGCGACUUCGUGGAAUGAACCGAGCUCCGAGCGGCCGCGUCGUAACUCCCGAAGAUACCUACACUGCCCCGGCCGGCAACUCGGGAACGAUCCGCGCCAAUGAGAAGAACCCGUUUUUCCAGGACUAUGAUGACGCAUGGGACAAGAAGGGUGUUCGGAUUGAGGAAUCGCGUGAGGUCGGCCGCACUCGUUCAUCCAGCAGCCCGAAGCAGAGCCCUGGUCUCGAGCGGUGGAACACCAAUGAACGGAAUAACGGCAGCUUCGAUGACCGGCAGAACAACGGCGGUGGGUUUCUCAAUCGCAUGAAGAGCUUGAGAAAGCCUCGCCCGGAGAGACGGGUCAGCGACGAUUGA